UUGGAAGUGACGUCGCAGAGCAAAACAUUUGGGACUUGUCAAGGAUUAUUUUUGUUGCUGAACGUCGCUCACUCUUCAUCAAUGGCCCUUUGGUUUGGUGUCAUAAGACAUAACAAACCAUUGUGACUCUAAGCAAUACUGGCAUCGUCUUCCGAUUCAGAAGACGGUGGUGUUUCGCCCCCACCGCCCAAAAAACUGCGGUUUUCACUCACGAAUAUGCAGGCCAAUGGCUGUUCACAACACAAUGGGACGACGGACUCAAGUCUUGUAGAUCCUCACUCCAUUAGAACUUCUGCUUCAACGUCGAACGGGGCUGUAACAGCAAACGGAACGAUGACAGGCCAGAAUAGCAAGAAUCUGUCCAAAACAGACCAGGACAUCGUGAGACUCAUUGGGCAGCAUUUACGUGGUUUGGGCUUCAAUCAAACAGCAGAGCAGUUGAUUGCAGAGUCAGGUUGUGCCUUAGAACAUCCAACUGCUGCCAGGUUCAGAGCUCAUGUGAUGGAUGGUGAAUGGGACAAGACAGAAGAUGAUCUCCAUGAACUUGAGGCAUUAGUGAAAGGCGGAAAGGAGGAUGUCAUAAAAAUGCGAUUUCUCUUGUUGGAGCAAAAAUACUUGGAGCUCCUGGAGGAUGGAAUCCCCUUGAAAGCUCUUGAGUGUCUGAGGCAUGAGCUGACCCCACUUAAAUACAACACAGAGAGAGUUCACGUUCUAAGCACGUACAUGAUGUGCAGUAGUGCUCCAGAAUUGAGAGAAAGCUCACACUGGGAGGGGAAAGGCCCUGUCAGUCGUCAGAAACUCAUUGAAAACCUUCAAGAAUUCCUACCCCCAUCAAUCAUGCUCCCUCCACGCCGACUUUUCACUCUGCUCAGCCAAGCUGUGGAGCAACAGAAAGAGAAAUGCCCCUACCACAAUACACAGCUUGAUUCAGAUCUCUCCUCUAUAUCUCUACUCAUGGAUCACAUUUGCACCAAGGAACAGUUCCCAAGUGCCACCACUCAGGUGCUGUGGGAUCACUCGGAUGAGGUUUGGUACUGCCAGUUCUCACCUGACGGAACCAGAUUAGCCACAGGCUCCAAAGACAACAAACUUAUCAUAUGGGAUGUAGACCUGGAUUUGUUUGAGGUGCGCCAUCAACGAACUCUGGAUGAACACAAGUUUGGAGUUGGAUUUCUCACUUGGUGUCCAGACAAUAUGCACCUGCUUGUCUGUGGACCAGAUGAAACAAAUGAAGUUUACAUAUACAACGCUGUGACCGGAGAAGUCCGGCAGAGAAUCCACCAGAACAGUGAUGAUAGCCUAACGUACGCUGCCUGGAUGCCAGAUGGCCGCAAGCUUGUGGUGGGAGGUGUCAGGGGACAGUUUUAUUAUUGUGACAUCGAUGGUAAUGUGAUAGACACAUGGGAAGGCAUAAGGAUACAAGGUCUGGCAGCGUUGGAUGACAAAGUAGUGCUGGCAGCUGACACACAUAACAGAGUGCGAGCCUACAAUUUUGACACACUGCAAGACUUUCCCAUAAUUCAAGAAGACCAUCCAAUCAUGACGUUUGUCGUAGAUGACAAGAAAGAAUAUGCAUUAGUCAAUGUUGCAUCUCAGCUUAGUAUUUAUAGAUACCCUUUAUCUUCUUAUAAGGGUUGCCAUCUGUGGGAUCUGAAGGACAAGGUUCUGCUACGCAAGUUCCAUGGUCAGACCCAGGCUUUCUUCACUAUUUAUUCCUGUUUUGGCGGCCUCAACCAAGACUAUGUAGCCAGUGGGAGUGAAGAUCACAAGGUUUUUAUCUGGCACAAGAGGCGAGAGUCUCCCGUUGCUGUUCUUGAGGGACACCGACUCACGGUCAACUGUGUGCACUGGAACCCUUGUGAGCCGAGCAUGCUGGCCAGUGCGUCAGAUGAUGGAACUGUCAGGAUCUGGGGGCCAAAAGACAAGCAGAGGAGGAGAAAAGAGUGUUUAUGUUUCUUCUGUUCACAGACAGUAUAACCAGCUCUGGUCGCAGUUCUCCAGUAUGACAGUGCAACUAGUCCUGUAGACUCAUCCACAAGCACCUCAUUCGCUUCACCUGGCCAUCAUCAACUCACCCUUGACCUUUCAUUGGACUGCUUCGGUUUUGUUGUCAGCUUUGUGUGAAGGGAGAUAACGUGCCUGCUGCGUGAGCAUUUCUUUGCCAACUUGAGUGUAUUUUGUCAUAGAGUUUCCUUGUUUAUAUUGUAAAGAUGUGAUUAAUUAUAUGAAUGAAUUUUUUUGUGAAUAAAUACAAUUUUAGAGAAUGCUUGAAUGCUGUUUCCAAUCUCCUUAUAUUUGUUUCCUUACCGUAUUUUAUUGUUUGACUUUUAAAGAAAACUUCAUUUGAAUUGAACAGAGGAUAUUUAGGAUCUCUAAGAUUGUAGAGUAAAGAAAGCGCUACUUUCAGCUUGUAUUUUUUUCAUUUUUGUGGUCAAGAAUUUUGUUUGAAAUGUCAGAUAUGCUAUGAGUAGAUAAGGGAAAAGCUGAGCAGGUUUUUAAACAUUGCUUUUUACAUGACUGUUUAAGCCUUCCUAUUUUUUAGUCCAUGUAGUAUGGGUAGUGUCAAGAAUGAGGAAGCUGUUUAUUCCCACACUCAUAUCUGGGGUAUUGAGCCAUGGAAAGCAUUCACAACGAAAAAAUUUAUUGAAGUGAUUUUGCUUCAGAUGUGGCUCCCCAAGUACUUGUUUUAUUGAUGAACCCUUUUACCAAUAUAGGUGGGGCAGAGUCCAUGCUGUUGAUUAUUAAAGAAUAGAUGGGGGUUUUUUUUAGCUCCUUUUUAUGUGCAGUUUCGUCAGUGCAGAGGAUGUAAUAUCUGUUUAUGGAAUGUAUUUGGCAGAAGGUAAAAAGGAUUCUCAAAAAUUGCGUUUCAAAAUUGUUGCUUUUAUUUAUAUUUGUGAAUGUGCAAGCAGAAGAAUGAAAUCAGCUGACAGAAUUGCAGAUGGAGAGCUAGGGAGUGAGAAGAGUUAGUUUUAGGAAUUGGAUGAAUUAUAAAUGUUCUGGAUGAAUGUGUCAAUGUAAGAGGACAGAAAGACAUAACAGUCAGAAUGCUUUUACUGCAAGUCUAUGGUACAUACUCUCCAUUUAGCUGACAAUAAUUGUCUGCCCAAGUCCUGGGGUGUUUUUUUUUCAUAAUCUGGUCAAAUGUAACGAUGUAGCAUCACCUAUCACCUUUUUUAAUAUCUCCACGGGGAAAAAAUUACUGUACUAGUGGGAAAACAGAGUACUUGAGAGAUGAAUGAUAGUGUUGGUGUAUAUUGUCUCGAUAAUGACCUCUCGCCAAUUGUGAAUGUUGAUUAUAGUCAUGAGGAAAUUUUUUAUAUGAAUAACUGGAAGGCUGGUUAAUAAAGAAUUUAUGCUACAUUUGUCACGGUAAGUUUUUAAUUUGUACAUUACCCUUUAAGACUUUUUAAAAUAUGUGUCUUAUGCUUGUUGGUUUCUUCUUUUCAAUUGUCCUUAAAAACGAAUCUUUUUGUUAUGAUAUAAUUCUCAGCACAGCUUACAGGAGAGAGCAAAUUAUUCCCUGAGCAAAUUUUGACAUGCAUUGCAUUUGAUAUGCACAGCAGAUCUCAUCUCAGGAACAUCAUGUAUUAAUUUAUUGGCCAUUAACUUCCCUCCUCUGCUUUUCAUGCUCGUCCAGUCAUUUGCUCACUUCUUGUCGAGAAUAAAAACACUCUUGGUCUUAUUUGCCUCUGUGAGUGUAGUGUGUUAAGGUGAGGGAACAUUUUAAAUUGCAUUAUAAAAGAAUAAGAGAUUCUCUGUGGGUCAAUUGUGGGUGCUCUGGUGUGGUUUAUUCCUUCUUUCCUGUCAAACAUCUAUCGUCCAUAUCUGUCCUUCUUUUCUUUGUAUGUUAUCUCUUUUAAUACUUCUUAUCUUCAGCACUUUUAUUACCUAUUUGUGUUGCAAGUGCUGCAAAACUAUUACUAAAACCAAACCAAAAAAAUAUAGUGAUUCUUUUGUACUUUUCUGUGGCAUAUUCUUGCAGAAACAGAUGCUGUAUCUUUGAUUUGUUGUGAAGUGACUCGAGUGGGAAAUGGAUUUGAUCAAGGCCUUCAAGUGGCCCUGCGAAAGAAAAAGCAAUUUGUUAUAGUAUGAUUCGCCAGAGUAAAAGAUAAAUCUGGUGUUUCCUCAUGUGCCCUGCUGAAGAGUGUGCCUGUGAACGUCCAUCGUGCCCAUGUAGAGGUAUCAGAUCCAGUGUCAAUCUUGAAUGAGUAUUCACACAUCUGAACCACUGGGGUCUGUGCCAAUGAUUGGUAAUAUGCUACACCCUCUUGAAGAAUAAUAAUGCUACACCCUCUUGAAGAAAUGCCCAAUUCAGAAUUUUAGAAAUGCACUUCAGCACUGAACUGAAUGACCCUAUUGUAUUAGCAUAAGAAGUCUUGUAUGCACUCAUUAAAAAAAAAAGAAAGCAACCCUCUGAUAAAGGUGUGCCAUUAUUGCUAUACAUAGUUAAGAAGUUUCAGGCAGUAGCAGAUAUAUGAAUAGUUCUUGUUCUCUUUGCUUGAGUUUGGUGAGCUGAAAUGGUUUUGUGUGCACCCUCCAUAUUCACACAUACUAAUGGUUCUAUAAGGUGCUGCUGUGUUUACUAUGAGAGGAAUUUGUAUUUAGUGUAUAUUUGUUUGUGUAUCCAGUAAUCAGAAAACUGAAGGUGACAUGUCGGUGAAUGCUAUUUGGUGGUGGUUCCCACUUGGGUGUCAAGUGUCAGUUUCAACAUAUAUGUUUUUUUAAACCUUUAUGCGGGGUAUUUUUAUUUUCCUUCAUCAUGCCAAAGUUUAUUUCAAAGUUGGAGCACAUACCCAGUAUUGUAAAGGAGAACUGGUCAUCAGUGAACUGAAUGGAUAAUUAAAUGUUCUACUUUGUGUUUUGCAGAAAGUCAUAAACUUGAGCAUUAUUUUUGGGCUAACCAGAAAAAAAUCUCAAGGUUGGUAACUACAACAAUGGUGUGUAUGCGUAUCAGUUUCAUACUAAUACCCAUAACUCAAUGGAGAAUCUGGUGCAAAUCCUAUUCAUCUCGUACUAUACUUUGUGGAACUUGUACCUAUAGUUAAAUGAACAAAGACACCAUGCUUGCUCUAGUGUUAAGACACUGUGGAGAACUGUGAUUUAAGUCCAUUUCAGACCUCUUGUUCAAAGACUCUGGAAGGCCAUCUACCUGAUGUAAUUGUGAUGAAAAUUGAAUUCUGUUUUCUUGUUGAAUUCAUAGACUCAGUUGUGCCAAGUGAGCAGUUAGUGCAAGAGCUUGUCUCUGAAAUGAACUCGGCUUGGAAUGAACAAGGGACACAAUAAACAAAUUCAGAAUGUGUGUAGAGUUGGGAGGGUGCCUUGGCCAUUCUGGGAAGCCAUAUGAGCAAAGACUCAAAAUGAUCAUCAAACUGGUGACUUGCCUGUUACUUCACCAUAAACUGACAUCUGACUUUUUUCCACCUGUUUUGUAUAAAUGAGUUUUAGACUUUUCGUUCAUCAUACGUAUUUAGAAUUCUUUUGUUCUUUUAUACUUUUUUGUGAUGUUUGUCUGUUCCUUAGUGUGGUUGCUGUAUUUGGAAGAAUGUUUUGAAUUGGUAAUUUUUAAAUCCUGGCCACCUUGCACAGAAAAGGUAGGCCUACAAAUUUGAUUCCUGAUUUUGAAGAGAUAGCCCCAGUGCUUUUUUCCCCUGGGAUAUAGGGUCUGGAUUGGCUUUUAUGGAGGUAAGACAGUCGGCCUCCCGAAUUAUAUUAAUCAUAUUGAGGUGUGACACAUUUACAAUCAUGAUAGAUCCAGGCUAGAAUGUAGCCCUAUCAUGGCCCCAUAUGUUGUCAAACAGUUUGGGCUGUCCUUGAGCCAGAGCAAGGGAAAACGAAGCACUUUGACUGUUCCGAAUGUUUCCAGUAGAGAGAAAUGUUCCUUUGUUUUGUCCACUCUUCUUAGGGGGUCUCUAUUAUAUCAAGAUUGCCCUUUUAAUUUAACCGGUUCAGAAACCUUAUGCUUUCUCUUUUUGUGAAGUUCAAAACUAAAGAAGUGACUCAGGACAAACCACUUUUGUGAAACAAAAGGAUUCAAGUGUGUGUUCGUGACAUCUGCCUGGGUUUUUUUUGUACAGUUGAUAGAAAUCAUUUCUUGGAAUGUGCAUAUAUCCAGUCACAAUUCACAUUGUUUAUAGUACUGAUGCUGAAUGUUCAGAGAUGUCCUUCAUUGAAUGGAUUCAAUGAGAGUAUAGUUGCUGCCUGUUUUCACCUUCUCCACCAUUAUAAUUAUAUGGUCAGUUUCAGUUACUUUGAUGAGGAACAUGGCAAGCCAACUCUCUCUUUAAGUAUGAUUUACCCAUACUUAAUGUCUCAUGAGAGAACGAUAUAUUCUAAAAGCAAUGAGUCAUUUUUGGUAUUGGGGUGGGGGUUUUUAAAGUGGAUCUUGAAAUUACCGUUUUUGUAUUGGAGUGACAUUAUAAACUAUUUCCUGCUUUCUUCUGGGUUGUAGUGUAGUUGUUUUCCAAACAGCAUGGGUUGACCUUGGCGGUCAGGGUUGAGAUAGCCUGUCUUCUGACUAAUCUGAAUUGUGUUGAUAGGUAUGUAAUUCAUUUACAAGCAAUCUCUGUUCAGAUGUUGUAAAUUAGGCCUUACUCAGUCCGAAAUGACUCAUGGGAUAUCAGAGAAUAAGAAUUUUUCUCUCCAAUGUCACUUUAAUUUUGUUUGUAUGGUCUUUUGUCAAAGAUGUGCAGUUGUUUUUUAAGGAUUCCGUCAGUUCCAAAAUAUACAGAACCAUCUCACCUACUUCAAUUGCUUUGUUCCUUAUUAAUGUAACUGAGAAUCGUGAAUUUGAAAAUCAGUAUGUCGGGGCCAAUCAAAUUCAGAUUCAAGAACUAAGUUUGAUUCGAUAAUAACAAACAAAGCUAACUAAGUUUAUAUUACUGUAAAAAACUGUCACCUUUGUCCAACUAUUUGGAAAAAAGAAAUGAAGUCAAUAAAACAAUAUUGGACAAAAAUAUGGAAACCCUAAAAUUGUAAGGUGCAAAAACAUGGAAAUUAGAAAACAGGCUCUGAAGUUGAGCAAUAUGUUACAUCGGACCCCACACACUUCAGAAAUAAAUGAAAAUGAAAUGCAUAUAUAUAUAGAUGAGUAAAGUUUUUUUGUUUUGUUUUUUUAGUAAAACUGAAAAACGCCAAACUUUCAUGAGAUAAUGAGAUAAGAAAAACAAAAAAUCCUCCAAAGGUCAAAUUAUUAUUUUCCUUUCACUUUCAGGCCUUGGAGCUCAGUGCAACUUAAGUCUGAUUGUGAUUGGCGCUGACACAUAUCUCUUUGCCGUUCCUUUGUUCCCCAUGAUGGUCUACUUGGCUGUUCUCAGCUUACAGAAAAAUGCAUAAGACCAUAUUAUGAAAGCAUCUAUUUGAGUGUCCUUGAUGAACCAUAAAUCAACCAUUAUCCAUCAGUUUUUGUGCCCAUAAUUAUUCAACCUUUGUCCAUAAUUUUUUUUCCUCAUAAAAUCAUGCUUGCUGCGACCAUCUACACAAAUCAUAGGCAAGCAUGUGUUUUUUGUAGAUACCAUAAUAAUGCCCUCUUGUACAAGAUGUGUAUCAUAGAUCUCAAAGACAUUGUUCUACUGUUUAUGUGGAAAGUUCUUACAAGUCACUUUGUGUAUGAUUUUAUGUGCAAGUACUAAGUGUCUAUGAUUAUGAAAGCCAGUGUCUGAUGAGCAAUAAAGGGUAUGUUUUGGCUUUUUUUUCCCCCUUUCUUUUCAAGGCUUUAUUCAGGCUAGAAAUCAUUAUGCACUUUCUUCCUUCACAAUUCAGUGCCUUACUAUUUUUUUACUUUCACUGUUUUGCUUUUUAAAAAGAAAAUAACAUUUAAGAUUUAAGAUUUUUGACUCUUUCUGGCCCAUACACUGACACAGUGGUGACUCCUUGGUGGAUGGGAAUGUUUCAAUAUUUCAACUAUUCUCUACAUGAAAUAGUAUUGAAAACUUGGCAAAAUUAUUUUCUGUAAAAAAUAUUUUAAAAUUUAUUUUAAACUUCCCUUCUCUAUGCCAACAUAAUGAUAUUGGGGACAGCAGUAUGUGAUAUGCUUGCAGCAUAAAAGUGAACUAGACUAGACUUCAACAAAUUAUUGUAGAAAGUCAUUAUAAUAAUGUCGUGUUCUGUGCUGAGGUAUGAGCCACUGACAUUCCAACAUAAAGUCCCCGUAAAGUGAAGGCAGAUACAUUCUUUGUAACAUUCUCUGAAGCUGACAAGUUUUGGUAGAGUAGUGUGUAAAAUGUUUCCAGUAAAUCAGUGUUAAAGUAUAGUUCUCAAAGUCCUGCUGGUGGAGUGAUAGUGUUGGGGCAGAAAAUUAGACUGGUCAGUGUAAACAGAAACAAAAUUCUUCAAGAAAAACCUUUGUGUUAAAAAAAUAUUCACUCGUUCAGAGUAAUGUACCAGUGAAUAGUGUUGGGAAUGGUGUUUGACAGGAGAUUUCGGUGUCUUUUAAUAUGAAUAUGGAGUGGAGAGGGUUUAAAUAAGAUUACACAGAAAGAGAUUUCUGAAUUGGGUUUAUAGUGUAAAUAAACCUUACUAAUCUUAUACAAAGUAAGAGCUUGGGAAUCAUAAGUGAUAAAAACUUUUUAGUGUGGCACAUGCAUAAUUUUCAGUUGAUUUUUCACUGAAUUUAUUAUAUUUUUAUGCUAAUGAGUAUUUUCUUUUGUAUUUUGAAUAAAUUGCAGGUUUAGUUCCUAUUAGUGGAAAUCAGUAUGACGUGAAGAAACAAAUUGUCAUAAUUUUCUUUUCAAUUAUUUAUCCUUUUCACUUGAACUUUAAUGCACUGUGUUAUAUCUAGUUUUGCCUAUAAAUUAGUUUUAUUUGAGAUGAGUGGAAGAUGGAGAGUUGGUACUUAUGAGUUUCUUUUUGUGUCUGUCUUUAUUUUUUUUUACACUUGUUGGAAAGAAAUUUUUCUUACCUGCUAAGUGAUUCGUGAUGGGUGUCACUCCUUUUGUCAUGAGUGGAAACAAAAAAAGUGCUGCUAAGCUCAAUUCUUACAUUAGCAUACAUGCCUCAGAAAACGUAAAAGCUGCAGUUUAUGGUAUGUGUGCCCAUGCGUUGCCAUACAUUUUUAUGUUAAUGUGAAUUGCCCGAUGUUCAUGUCUCUUUUAAUCAAUUAUUGCAAGCGAACCAUUAGUGCAAACGAUGGAGAAACAAUCAGAAUCGUCUCUGACCCGCAGCACACUCCGGAGAUGCCCUCAGUCUCUCUUGAGUGAAAAACGUCACUUUACAAACUGGCUCAGUUCAUCCCUCCAUGACAUUCCUCCCUCUACAAUCCGCUACUAUGGCAGCAAACUACCCGAUGGUGUUCUAGGAACAACUGUGUAAUGGGAAGUUGCAAUUUUGAUUCCUGCUCAUUUUCAGGACAGCCACCCAAAGAACCGUCUGAUUCUUUGUAAAAAAAAAUUUAAAAAUUGUAAUCCAAAGUGAGCAUAGAAGGGUGCUGGGUUGAUUUCUUUUUCUCUAUAAUCUCAAUUAGUCAGCUUUCCUACUGAAGGAAGCUGAUGAGAGAUUUAGAAGAAAACAAUAAUACAACAGCAGCUGUGACUUGUGAAUUCAGCAGAAAUUUUACUAGCUCCAGAGAUUUACCCAACCCAAUGAUAAUGUAAAUAUGUCAAUGCAACCUUGUGUAUGAAAUAAACCUAUGCUUUGUGUUCUUUGCAUGUCACCUUUCAGCCAACUGGAUUUCUCAUCUUGUAGUUAAGUGUGUUGUGGAAUUCUGUGUAAUCGAUAAUUACUAUUUUCUUGUGAAAACAAAAUUAAGAAUGCCUUCUAAUAUGAUCAAUAAAAAUUAAUAAAUGUAUACAA